AUGGCAAACCAAAUAAUUUCUUCAUCAAACUUGUUAUAUUUCUCCCUUGCUCUACUAAUCAUCACACUCUCCCCCAUACCAAAUUCCACUUCUGCUUCUUUGAAGGAAGCCAAUGGUCUUCUUAAAUGGAAAGCAAGCCUUGAAAUCCGAAGCAACUCCUUUCUCUCUUCAUGGCUUCCCCUCCAUAUGAAUUCCAAUGCAUCAUUUCCAAGCAGUUCUUGGUUUGGAGUAGUUUGCAAUGCUGAUGGGAGCAUUCAGAGGCUAAACCUCAGUUCAUCUAGCUUAAAGGGUACGCUUCGUCAAUUUUCAUUCUCAUUGCUACACGGUCUUACUCAUUUUGAUCUCAGUGACAACAACUUCUCUGGCCCCAUCCCACCAGAAAUCAGACUCCUGACCAAACUUGUAUAUCUUAAUUUUUCAUUGAAUAAGUUUUCUGGAGUAAUCCCACCUGAAAUAGGAAACCUCUACUCAAACAAUAUAUCUGGUUCAAUUCCAUCAUCAUUGGGUAAUUUAAAAUAUUUGAAAGUCCUUUAUUUGCACCACAAUCAACUCUCUGGUCCCAUUCCUUCAUCAUUGGGUAAUUUGACAUCUUUGAAUGUCCUUUAUUUGCACCAGAAUCAACUCUCUGGUCCCAUUCCUAUUGAACUUGGGAAUCUGAAGUAUCUCACUGAUCUUGUGGUGAGCUUCAAUCAACUUAGUGGUUCUAUUCCUUCAUCAUUGAGUAAUUUGACAUCUUUAAAUGUCCUUUAUUUGCAUGACAAUCAACUCUCUGGUCUCAUUCCUAUUGAACUUGGGAGUUUGCAGUCUCUCGUUGAUCUUCAGUUGACCUACAAUCAAAUUAGUGGUUCUAUUCCUUCAUCAUUGGGUGAUUUGACAUCUUUGAAUUUCCUUUAUUUGCACCACAAUCAAGUCUCUGGUCUCAUUUCUAUUGAACUUGGGAAUUUGAAGUCUCUCAUUCAUCUUCAGGUUAGAGAGAAUCAGCUUAGUGGUUCCAUUCCUUCAUCAUUGGGUGAUCUGACAUCUUUAAAUGUCCUUUAUUUGGACAAAAAUCAACUAUCUGGUCCCAUUCCUAUUGAACUUGAGAAUUUGAAGUCUCUCACCGAUCUUCAGUUGAGCAACAAUCAACUUAGUGGUUCUAUUCCUUCAUCAUUGGGUGAUUUGACAUCUCUGAAUGUCCUUCAUUUGUACGAAAAUCAACUCUCUGGUCCAAUUCCUAUUGAAUUUGGGAAUUUUAAAUCUCUCACUUAUCUUGUGGUGUACUACAAUCAACUUAGUGGUUCUAUUCCUUCAUCAUUGGGUAAUUUGACAUCUCUAAAUAUCAUUUAUUUGUGGAAAAAUCAACUCUCUGGUCCCAUUCCUAUUGAACUUGGGAAUUUGAAGUCUCUCACUAAGCUUGGUUUGAGUAACAACCAACUUAGUGGUUCUAUUCCUUCAUUAUUGGGUGAUUUGACAUCUUUUAAUGUCCUUCAUUUGUACCAAAAUCAACUCUCUGGUCCAAUUCCUAUUGAAUUUGGGAGUUUGAAAUCUCUCACUAAUCUUCAGUUGAGCAACAAUCAACUCAGUGGUUCUAUUCCUUCAUCAUUGGGUGAUUUGACAUCUCUAAAUGUCCUUUAUUUGUGGAAAAAUCAACUCUAUGGCCCCAUCCCACCAGAAAUCCGACUCCUCUCCAAACUUGUCUAUCUUGAUUUUUCAUAA